UUAAAUAUUUCUUAUGAUAGCAGAAGAGUGAAAACUCGAACUCAAUUUUUGUUAAACUGAGAAAUGCAUCUGUUAAUACCGUACUAAACUAGUGGUUGCAAUUACUAAUUUAUCUGACAUGAAGGGUAUAUAAUAUGAAAAUAAAAUGUCUCUUUUUCAUGAACAUAUGAUAUAUCUUUUUCAAAUAUUUGGAGAGAGAAAACAAAUGAAGACAUAAUAGUACUUCAAUAAUUCGGAAAAGAAGGUCAAGUCAUCAGCUAGCAAAAGAUGAAAAAUGUUACUUCAGUCAUUCACACUGAAACCCUGAACACACAUUGUAACUAUUGCUUGAAAAGAGUCUUCAAAGAAAAGCCUAUUUCUUUUGGGACCACUCACUCCUUUCUUCACACGCACACAUAGAGAAAAAACAAAAAGAAAAAAAAAAGUGAGAAUACAUUGUAUAUUUUCAGCAAACAAAACACUACAGCUUCUGCAAUCAUAUGUUGGAAACAUGUAGUAUUAUUGCAAGAAAACCUCUUUUUAACUGGAAUCACCAGUGUCAUCACAAAAUAAUAGCUAUAGCUUCUCAAUUUUCUUCUCUUGAAGGGAAAAAAAAUCUUUCAUAAUCCAUUCUGUAUUACUGUUUCUAUUUACUUCAUUGACAAGACCUUAUGGCUUCAUUAGCUUACUACCCAAAUGGGCUAACAAGAAUUCCAUUAGUCAUUCUGAUGUUCAUCUUUUUCCUUCCAUUCUUUUCUUCCACUUCAGUUUUGACAGUUGGGUCAUCACCAUAUUUAAGAGAUAAUGAUGGAAAGCAAAUGAAAAUGGUGUUGGGUUCAAGGCCACCUCAGUGUAUCAAUAGAUGCUUAAAUUGCAGGCCUUGCAUGGCUGCUCUAGUUACUCCUCCACACCACAAAACGUCAUUGUCUAGAGGGGAUGAAAGUUAUUAUCUGCUAUCAUGGAAGUGCAAAUGUGGAGAUAAGUACUUUCAACCUUGAUAUAAAUAUGUAUAAACCCUAAAUCCUAAACCCUAUCUAGCCAGUAUAUUAAUUUUGUAUUACAUGUAGCUAACCUUUCUUUCUCUCUCUCUCUCUCUCUCUCAUUCUCUACCAAAAAACCGUAGUAAUAUUAAACUUUGGGGCUUACUUUCUGCUCCUUUAUUUCAUUUGUAGUCUACUGUCUCGUGAAAUAUGUAUAAGUUCCUUAAGCAGCAACGAUAACUAGCUAUAAACAUCUCUUUCUCGGUGCCUCUUUUAAAGAAUAAUAUACUUGUUAAUUUCAGAAGUAUUGACAAUUAUAAUUUUGUGUAGGGAAAUGAUAGUGUCUGUAUGUUACUAUUUCGAACUUUUGAUAAUACCUGAGUUUUGUGUCAACUCUCCUUUUUGAUCAAUACAAGGACUGUGUGCUUUCACUUUGGGUUCAUCAUUUGAGAUUUACUCGAGUUACUUAAAGAUGCAAACAUGCGAAGGACUGUUUAGGAUUAUCAUUGGAUAUGUAUAAAUAGUAUUCGAAUCUAAGACGUACUAAUAAAGAGCUCAAGUCUUUACUGAGGAAGAGGAAGGAAUAAGUGAAAUUUUACAUUGUGGGGAAGCAAAUUAACUGUACAGAGAGCUUCACUCCAUUCACACUUUCACCAAUUCUGUUUGGUUUUUCCUUGUUUGUUUCAUUUAUUUAUUAACCUUUCUCCCGGAGAAACAGCUUAUACUUGAACAUUAGAAGAUGAUUCCCGUAAAGUGAAUGUUGCUCUACUGGAUUAGCCUGAAGUUGUCCUUGGUGCCACCGGAGGGCCGUUAUCGAAAUAACAAAAGCUAGCAAUGGUGAUAUUAAUUGGAAAGCUUACCAACUAUCCAAGCCACGUGCAAAAAUAUGCAGUUUGUCAUGAUGGAACAAUGGUAGUUUG